AUGGGUGGCGUUUCAACAACGUCGUCGUUUUUGUCACUUAUGACGGCCUCGUGUUGCGGUGCAAUGGGGCACCGUUUCUACACAUCAACCGACGCUUCCUCCCACUUUCCAGCAGCGGCGGAACAUACGGCGGGUAACGGGCAUGACUCAAAGACGCAUGUAUCGUUGCUAUACAAGUCUACUCACAGGGGUAGCGGCAAGGCGGAACUACCGGCAAGGCAGAGCGGUGGCAACAAACAGGUGGCAACAAAUCUCGCCGCCGCCGCCGCCACUGCCUCACUUACUGCUUCUGCAGCUGGGGCUCGGGACGAGGCGCCGGUGCGACGGGAAAAUUUUGCACGUUCUUUUUCGUCGUGUGCGGAGGACGCAGGAGCGGUGUCCAGCCGUCUGCUCUCCCCGCUGCAGCGGCGGCAGCUGCUCUUUAAGCACAAGGCGGCCUUCACACUCACCCCGCAGGCACUCCGUCGUGUCAAGUAUCUGCUGAAGCAGGCGAAGAUGCAGCCAGCCCCCAAUGGGAUUCGUAUCGGUGUGCGACGCCGUGGUUGCAGUGGGUAUAGCUACACAGUUAACUACUGCUACCCAGAGGAGGAGGAACCGGCGUUGGCAAAGCAGUCAGACACACAGAGGAGCAGUGGUGUGGUGGGUGAGAACUCCGGCGCAAACGGGGCGCGGAAGGGGGAUGUGGUGGUGGAGCAGGACGGUGUGAAGGUAGUGGUCGACGGCAACGCUCUUUUCUACGUCAUCGGGACGGAGAUGGAUUACGUCGUGCGGAACGUGGAGGAGAAGUUUACCUUCCGCAACCCAAACCAGAAGUACUCGUGCGGCUGUGAGGAUAGUUUCAUGCCGUUUGACGUUGCUGAGCAGGAAACAAGCUAA